CCCGACGGCUGGUUGAAAGGGCAAAGGAACAGGUAUGGCGGAUAAAUAUAAAUAAACGGUGAAUUAAUUUCACCAUUAGAAUCUGAUCGAGUCUCAGCUAUGGCGGAAGGAACAGCGAUACACCUGUAUAUUCAAUUCUCAGACAAUGAAAAGUAGUGGUUCUCUUGGUGUUCUGAAUCAAAGAAUGGCUUCAGUAACUGUGCCAUCAUUUUCAACCACCAUCAGGUCCAUCACUCUUCCUAGGGUCAACUCCAGAAGCUUCAACUUCUUGAGACCCUCAAAUGGCUUUCGUCUACUCACAUCCUCAAACUCUCACAUAAAGCAUUCUGCCAUUAGCUGCACCAAACUGAGUCUUUGGGAGACCUCUUCAGCUACACACGCCCCAACUGAAGAAACUGGAGAAAAUAAUUUGUUGAAGAAAACUGCCAACAUUUUUGAGACAUUGAGUUCUGAAAACACAACUGAAACAUCUGAAGCCAGCAGUGAAAAAAUUUACAGCUCAAGUAAUCAGUUUCAGUUACUCAAAUGGCCAAUGUGGCUUUUAGGCCCUUCUGUUCUCCUCAUUACAGGCAUGGCUCCAACAUUGUGGUUACCUAUAUCUUCCAUAUUUGUUGGCCCCAACAUAGCCAGCUUGCUUUCCCUGAUUGGGCUUGAUUGCAUAUUCAACAUUGGUGCAACCCUUUUCCUUCUCAUGGCUGACUCUCUUGCUCGGCCAAAGCUUGCAAUGCAACCUUGCAAAAGCAAGCCUCCAUUUAGUUACAAGUUCUGGAACAUGGUUGCUAUUGCAACCGGCUUCAUCAUCCCACUAAUCAUGAUUUAUGGCUCACAUAAGGGAUUCCUCCAACCUCAGCUAACAUUCAUUACAUUUGCAGUUUUAUUGGGUCCCUACCUUUUACUGCUCUUUGUACAGAUGCUGACAGAGAUGCUGACAUGGCAUUGGCAGUCACCAGUUUGGCUGGUGACCCCUGUUGUGUAUGAAGCUUACCGUUUGUUGCAGCUAAUGAGGGGUUUAAGGUUGGGAGCUGAACUUAGUGCACCUGGUUGGAUGAUGCAUACAAUUAGAGGCCUGGUGUCCUGGUGGGUUCUAAUCCUUGGUAUGCAGUUGAUGAGGGUCGCUUGGUUUGCUGGCUUCACUGCUCGUACUCGUCAGAAAGUGGCUUCUUCUGUUGAUGAUUAGUCAUAUUUGGCAUCCUCCAACUCUACUUGAAACAGUUAUGGAUUUGGAUGUCUUCAAUUAUUCUUGUUAUCUGUACUUUUGUAAUGUUUUAAGCUGUAAGUCUGUAGAAGAAAAGUGUGGUUUGAUCACCCCAAAUCUUACUUAUUUUUAUGUAAUAUACAUCUCACACUAGAGUAGAUACAGAGACAAGGAUUUCGACAAAUUAAAGAAAAAACAUGUUAUAUAUAAUGCUGUGGAUUUUGGGUAUCA